ACUUGCGAACGCAGCAUGUAAAACUUUUGAGGGGGAGGUGGGAAAAACAAAAAAAAAGUUAUCGGGGAUUGACUGUAAAAACAAACCGAAGUUGUUGAUCUUUACGUGUCGGUAUUCGUUGGCAGUUGAAGUUGCCUUAGGUUAAUGUAUGCAUGUGUGUAUGCAUACCAACUCAUAUUCCCUUUUCGAAGAGGGCCCUAAGGGACAUCCUUUUUUUCCAAUUUCACAUGCAUACAUGAAGCUUAAUAUUAAAUCUUCAGACCAUGUCCUCAACGUGAGAUAAACUCAUAGCUAGAAUGAAUCAAAGAUGCGCUUCAAGUCGCCGUCGGACGAUGGAGCAUCGUUGAAAAGUCUCGAGCUUAUUAGAGAGCCGUUGCAUAUGCGUUCAAAACAUUAGUCUUUAGCAUUUCAUCAAAUCAGACAUAUCUUCCAAGCAUUCAUUGUGCAUACCGUUAAGAGAGAACCACCACCCCACCCACAUAUAUUUGCAAAUUGUGUUACCAUGAUGGCAGCUCCUUGUUUGAGGAGCUGUAACUACAACAACAAAACGAUGCCUUUUAAAAUGUGCCCUUUGGCCAUAUGGGGCUUACUAUCAUUCAUCAUUGUACUGAUGACAUUGGUAACAAGUGUUCAAAGUAUUGACUGCUUCAAGUGUGUUUCGAAAAAUGGCGCCAACAAAGCCUGUGAUGAUCCUUUUCACAACAAUUAUUCCACAGCCAUAUUGGAAUCUCCAUGCAUGGGUGGGCGGAAAGGCCGUAAUGGUUUGUUUCCCGCAACGGCAUGCAUUAAAAUCGCAGGAUACUAUGAUGACACUGGUGAAACUAUCACCGUAAGAGGCUGUGCCCUGGACAGUGGCACCUUAACCACUGACACGGAAAUCAUACGCAUGUCACACUGUGGUAAAUUCUACUAUGAUGACAGAUAUGUACAUGGCUGCCUGCAAAGCUGUAGUGAUGCAGAUGCCUGUAACAGUGCCACAUCACAACAUCAUUAUCAUCGUCAGCACAUAUCGUUAGGAAGAGUGAAAAAUUUGUUGAUAUCAUUAGCUCUGCUGGCAAUAAAUCACUGUCUCUUUGCUACAAGGUAGCAUUAUUAUAGUGGGCUCUAGACAGCAGCAACAACAACAACAACAAAUACCCAUCAUCACCAUCAACACCAUCGUUCGGGUGGUAGUCGCCGUCGUCGUCGUCGUCAUCAUAGUCGUCGUUGUCUUCAUAGUUCUCUUAUAGGAAUAGUAAAGAAAAACGAUAUAGCCCUAAAGCAUGGCUGAGCAACAUAGCAAGCGAUACAACAAAAACAUAAUAAGAAUUUAUUUAUGUAUAAAGCCAUAUAUGCAAACAACACCACACGCAUUCACACACACACAUACAUUCAUAUACCCUGGCAAUACACUUUUUCCCAUACCCAAGUAGUUUUGAGCAAAAACACACUACAUGCAACCCAAGCUUUGGCUUGUGGGAAACCCAAGACAAACUAUAGGAAACGCACACACACACAUACACUCACAGUGGCAAAGGUACAACUUGAGAGAAAGAGAGAGAGAGAGAGAGAGCGAGUAUGAUGUUGUUAACAAGAAAUCAACGGAAACGGUAACAUGAAACAAAAUGAAAAAUCGAAAAACAAAAAGAUUGCACAUAUUUCACUUGUCGCACCCAAAAUAAAAACAUUGGCCCCAUGCAACCCCAGCCCUAACUCGUUCACCCACUCAUCGUAUUUCUUGGUUUGAUGAUUUAUUGUAGUUUUAAAUGUUAGUAGAGAGUUCAAAAACUCGGAUUUUGUUUAACCGAUUUCUGAAAAUCAUUUUGUUUUAAUUGGAAAGUUUGGACAAAAAAAUUAUUUAAAUUUGUUUAAAAUAUUUCUUUAUAAUUUUUUUAUUUAUCAUACUUUUUAAAUUUAGUCUUUGUUAAAUUAUUAACAGAAUUUUUUCGAUUGUCAUUUUUUUAGAAAAUUUUAUCGAAACUUAAUGUACAGGGGGUGGUGUGGACCCACAUGAUCAUGGUCCCGAAAGUGGGUAUGAAUUUCGUGCUUUACUCCCAAAUACCUUUCAUCUGAACCCCGUAUGCCAUGACGGGCCAAUAUGUAUGUCCGAUUAAGCGGUGUUUUCGGUGGUCCCCCAGAUAAUUAGCCCUGAAAAUAAAUAUCAGAAUAAUACUCUACUCUCAAAUACCAUUUAUUUAAACCCCAUAUUGGUUUAAGGGGAGUUAUUGCCCAAAAAUUGGUUAUCAACUUCGUUUUCUAAUCUCAAAUACCUCUUGAGCCACAUAUUGACCUUUAGCCACAUAUUGCCAUUGUCGGUAAAUUUUUACACUUUGGAGGUUGUUUUGGGGAAGGGGCGGUGCCCCAAAUACAUGGUCCCAUAUUUGUAUAUCAGAAGGGGUAGACCCCCAGAAAAUUGAUACCGAAAAUGGGUAUCAAUUUCGUAUUCUACUCCCCAAUACCUUUCAUUUAAGCCCCACAAUGUCAUGGUCGGUAAAUAUGUCUAAGUUAGAGGUGAUUUGGGGAGUGAGGUGGUUCCCCAAAAACUUAGACCUGAAAAUAUGUCAGCAUCGUGCUCUGCUCUCAAAUAUCAUUUAUUUAAACCCCAUAUUGCCAUUGGUCUCACAAUAAGAUAUCAAAUUCGUUUUCUAAUCUCACAUACCUUUCAUUUAAACCCCUUAUUGGAGAAGUCAGCAAAUAUGUCCGGUUUGAGGUAUGGGCCUUAAAACUGUCUAUAUCGAGCUCCACUCUCUUUAAGACCCAAAUUGUUAUGGUGAGCAAAUACGUCCUACUUGGGGGUUUUUAUGGGGGUGGGACAUCACCCAGA